GUGGCCAGUCAGAGCAGGCCUUGGUCAGACGAGUAAGCAUUUCCUCAUAUCCAUAAAUCCACAGAGUAAUUGGAUAUGAAAAAAGUGAAUUGAUUGCAUCAGCCAUGGGGAUGGUCCCUUGGUGUCCGUAUCCUUGAGAGCCAUUUGGAACAGCAAACAAAAUCUCGUUCUCUCCCUUCGUUGUUUUACUCCUUUCCUGCUCUUCCAAUCCUCUUUUUUUCUUCUCUUCCACAUCCGACAAGGCCAGGCAGCGCGAGCAGAUCAUAUCACAUUUACACGCCUCAGACGGACCCGAUUCGCUUACAAGGGAAUGCCAGCUGCAGCAGUGGACGAGACAACGCCCCUCUGGCCGCAGAACGGGGACCACAACUCCAACCACCUGGGAGAGUCCCAACCAGACGACGACAAUGACGAGUAUGAAACUUCACACCUCUUGACGAGGCACAGAACAGUCGAACAGGGGCCACCUGCAGAUCCCUGGCGAAUCUCCUAUUGGAUCAUGGUCCUCCAGGGUGCAUCCAUGCUCUUGCCGUGGAAUGUGUUUAUUACUGCUCAAGGGUUCUUCAAACUGCGGUUUACAGGAUCACCGUAUGAAAACAACUUUCAGAACUACUUCUCGAUAGCGUUCAUGGGCACGAAUCUGCUUGUCGUUGGAAGUUCAAUCCUGAUCCAAAAGCAGGCCCCCGGAACGACACACAUCAUCGGAAGUUUACUCUUGAACGCAACCGUCUUCCUAUCGAUCCUAGUUUCGAUCCAGUACGACUUUGGACUUGAUUCGACCACCUAUUUUUACUUUGCCCUGUCCAUGCUGUCCCUGUCUGCGAUUUCUACCUCCAUGGUCCAGAACGGGAUGUUUGGCCUCGCAUCCAAAUUCACCGGCAGGCAUGUCCAGGGUGUCAUGUUAGGACAAGGACUAGCUGGAGCAGGCGUUGCGAUCUCACAGAUUGUCACUCAAAUCCUGUCCCCACCCAAGGGCAGUUCUUACACGGACGAUCUUCUCUUGUUAUCAUCACCAUCAUCAUCAUCAUCAUCAUCAUCGCUCGCUGGACGAGGAGAUCAUAGUAGAGGAGGGCGUCGCAGGAGUGAGGGACUGGAACAUUCCGCCUUCUUGUUCUUCUCCUUCGCAUUGGGCUUCACCGUAGUUUCGGUUCUGGCACAUGCGCUUCUGAUCCGUUUGCCCAUCUAUGGGUACCACACAGAGGAGCAACCUCGUCAGCCGAUCGAGUUCCUGGCACCACCUUCUCCCUCCUUGUUGAACAGCGGCAGCAUCAACGACGACAACAACGAUACCGCGGAUGGACAGACGGAUCAAGACGAUGGACGACGCAACUCCACCAGCUCCAUGACCUCGGGCGUUACGACCGUGACCAUCACGCCCGCCAUGAUCGCCGAGAACCAACGUCGUCAUGCAGAGGAACAGGCUGAGCAUGAAGCCGCCGAGCGUGUGAACCAUUACAGGAGCGCGAGUCUCGGCGCGACCGCCCUGGCGACCGACGAGAGUGCUAUGCAGCUGAUGCAGGAUAUCUAUCCCAAGAAGAAGACCCACCCGCUCCUGGUACUCUACAUUUCCAUCACCCUGGUCUUUGGCCUGACCCUGUCGCUCUUCCCAUCCUUGACCGCACUCGUCGAAUCCAACAACACUGCUCCGGAUCGACCUCGCGUUUCUGGAGACUUGUUUGUGCCACUGCAUUUCUUGACCUACAACGUGGGCGAUUGGACAGGCAAGGCCCUGCCUGCCUUUGCAUGGUUCGCGCCCAACACAAAGCAUCCGACACGAAAACAGCAACUGCGGUACAUGGUCUUUGCUCUCGGACGUUUUGUCUUCAUCCCAAUCUUCUUGACCGCCAAUUUGCCGAUUUCUUCAGAGAGCCGGUUGUUGCCAUUGUUGAUCCAGCGCGACGAAAUCUGGUUCUUAUUGGUCUUCUUGUUUGCGCUUUCGAACGGAUAUCUGGGCAGUAUCGUCAUGAUGGUCGGUCCGGCCUGUGUUCUCGGAGGGGAGAAGAAGGGCCGUGUGGGGGUCAAGCUCGGAUUCUGGUUGACAGCUGGGUUGGCCUUGGGAAGUGUCGCCAGCUUUGGUGUGCGCGCCUUGAUGUGCGCCAGAGGCGGUUGUGCCUCUUAGAGAGAUUUUCCCUGUCCAAUAAUUCGGACCUUUUUUUAUUUAUUUUUUUUAUUCAUAAUAAACAUGAACCUGUACAGU